UUUAAUGUGGAUUUUAUCCCUGAUUGCAGCUUUUUUCUUGAAACUCGAAGUACCAACGUUUGCAAACCCUCAAGUCACAAACAGGAAUUCGAACGCGCACCGUCUUGAAGUGCAGGACAUUAUUCCUCCUGAUUAUGAUGGUCUUCGAACGCCCCGAGUCAAAGGACCAGCAAAAGUGGGACUGACGAUCGUUAUUAUGAAUGUGCGCAAUGUGGAUGUGUCCGAAAUGUCGAUUCGUUUCGAUUUGAUGCUAACAAAACGAUGGACGGACGAGCGUUUAAUCUUCCCUCCGUUUGCUGAUGAAGAGAAAGUGGUUCUCGACUUAGAAUGGCGAAAACAGAUCUGGAUGCCAGACGUGUUUUUCGAGAAUUCCAUCGAAGGUCAUGUGCAAGAUACCAUCAUUCCCAACAUGUUUAUUUGGCUCUUCAGGAACAAAACAAUUCAGUUCACUGCCAGAAUUUCAAUCGAGUUCAGUUGCCACAUGGACUUAAGGUUGUUCCCACACGAUACCCAAGAAUGUGAUAUGAUCAUCAUGAGCUUGGCCCACACCGAAGACGAGAUGCAGCUGGUUUGGCACGAGAAAGAGAAUAUCACUCAGGGAGACAAUAUCGUCCUCCCACAAUUUGAAAUCAUCCAAGUGGCUAGCGCCGACUGCAAAAAAGGUGAGCUUUUCCCUCGAGAGGUCGCCAGACGCUUAUCUUCAGACACCGAACACCCGACAAGCAGCAUUUCACUUCUCAUGGCUUGCCAUUUAUCUGAAGGAACUUAUGCUCGUUUCUCUUGCUUGAAAGGCUCUGUGAGCAUGAGUCGCCGCUCCGGAUACUACAUCACGAACGUAUACGUACCGACUACAUUGAUUGUGUUCAUGUCCAUGCUAAGCUUCUGGAUUCCAGCUGAAGCAGUACCUGCCAGAGUCACGCUUGGCGUCACCAGCCUGCUCACCAUUGUUACCAAACAGUAUCAAGCCUCUCUUCCCAACGUCUCCUAUAUUGUAGCGCUCAACAUCUGGUUGUCGGCCUGCAUUGGUUUCGUGUUCGUCAGCUUGUUGGAGUACGCCGCAGUUAUUGCUCUCCACACGAAGCAGAAGAAAGCAAAGAUCAGUGUCUCAGCCAUAAGGGACCAUGUUGCAGCGGUUCAUAAGAUUUAUCCUCGAGAUACGCGUUCAGUCCGAAAUGUUUGGAUAAAGAAGAGACAGAAAAGAGAAUCGUUUUGGACUAGGCAUUCAGAAAAAAUCACUCCUGACAAUAUAGAUUACGUAUCAAGAAUUUUAUUUCCAUGCGUGUUUAUCAGCCAAUGUUCAAUCUAUUGGGCUCUUUAUUAUCGAUAAUACCAAUACGUUUCAAAUACAUUUGCUAGACCAGAAAGAGAUUUCGACUAAGAGUUUACCUAUAACAAUCCUU